AUGGCCUCCACCGGCUACACCCUCGCCCACCCGGCCGACCUCGAUGGCGAGACCAGCUACACCUUCACCUGCGGGAAGAUAGACGCCGGGAUCGCAGUUCUUAUCGGCUCUCAUGCGCAUCUGAUCGAGUUUCCGUCGCUGCUGCUUCCCCCCGGAUGCGAGACAGGAUCGAUCGUCAGCAUCACUUGCACGCGUGACAAUGCAGCCGAGAAAGCACAGGCGGAAUCCUUCUGGGAUCUGCAGACGAAGAUCGUCAAUCAGUUUGGACAACAGUCCCCGCAACCACCCAGCCUUCGACUCCGGUCGGUCACCCAGACAUCCGUCACACUCGAAUGGGACAAGCUGGAGCUGGCCCAAUGCAAACUGCUCUCGCUGUCGAUGUGGAAGAACGGCCAACGGCUCGGAACCCUCCCCAACCCACUCAACAACACAUCCACCAAGCUCUCAGGGCUAGACCUCGACAGCGAGUACUCCUUCCAUCUGGUCAUGAAAACCACCGGCGGCUCAUUCAACUCGCAGCAGAUCAAAGUCAAGACCCAUUCACUCAACGACACCUCCGGCAUCAACGUCUGCUUUGGGGUCAUCGUCCCCGAGGAGCUCAAGGAACAGGCCAAGGAAGCAAUCCAACAGCUCGACGGCAGAUGGUCCGACAAGAUCCAAAUCGACACCACCCACUUCGUGUGCACGAUGCCCUACCAGGCCCAGCAUGGCCCCAACAAGACCGCACAGCCGAACACCUUUCCGUCUCUUGAAUACCAGCGCGCCCUCCAGCUAUCCAUCCCCGUCGUCCAGCCCUCGUGGCUACAGGCCUGUUUACAUGAACGCAAAAUGGUGCCCAUCGCCGCCCAUUAUCUGGGAGCCCAACCACCGCCCCUGGGCACCUCCCCGACGACGAUCAACUCCGCCGGCCCUUUCACACGUGCCCGCUCAGCCAGCAAGUCCAACACCCAGUCCUCGGCCCCCAUGUCCCCCGGAACCGUCCACGAAGGCGGCUACAAUCCGGCUGGGCCUUCGGGACCAUCUGCGAGUGGCAGUCGCCAGCACGAGCGUGCAAACUCGGCCCCCGCUCUCGCCGCCAUCCCUGAUACGAAAGACCACGUCGAAAAAUCAUCAUCCGCCGCGCUCUCAGUGAUCAUAGAGAAUAAAGACAGCGACACGGUGGCCAGCCAAAAGGAGAACGGAACCCUGGCGGGGACAGCCUACAACCCCGCCCAACCAUCCUCAUCUCGUGACGUGCACCUGGUGACUCCGGAGACGACGACCGAGUCCGCGGCUUCGGAGAAAACGCUGAAGGUUUCUACGACACUCGAGCAGUACGCCCUGGACCACCAACAGCCUCAUCUGCCGACCCCGCCGACGUUCACGACGGGGCUGUCGGACAUCUUGAAGGAGAACGUGGACUCGCCGGCAGAGAACGAGAGCAGCAAGACCAAGGGGGCCCCGGCCGAGGAGGAGGAAGCCGAGCCGAGGGCUGAGGACGCGGGGCCCUCGUCGACGCGGGGGAUGCACCAACUGACGGCCGAGAACAGCGGCCUAGUGGACCAGAGUCUGGCCCAGCUGACCAGCCAGGACGCUCCCCCGACCAUCUCCAACCCCUCCCCGCUCGCCGACCGGCCCGGGUUCAGCCGCUCUAACUCGCUCAACCACGCCCCCUUCGUCGGCUUCUUGUCCCCCGCUAGCUCCCAUCUCUCGCCCGUCAUCGGCCCUAAUCCCGGCCACAUCCUGGCCCCCGUGCCCGACGAGCCUCCGCCGCCUGGCGGGCCGGGCCAGCCUCUCACUCCCGCAUCCCUGCCCGAUGCGCCCGUCCCCGCUGCCUCAGAAGCGGCCCUCGCCGGGCCCACGAUGCCCGAGAGUCUCGCCGCCGACGCCCCCCUCCGGCCGCUGGCAUUCGGGGCCACGCCGGAGGACGAGCCGGAGGAGGCGGCCGACGAGAAGGCCGGCUCGGGCUCCGGCGACACCUUCUUCUCCUCCACCUCCGACGCCCUCCCCGCCCCGGACCUCCCGGGCGGCCUCCCUGCGCCGGCCCCGAUCAGCCCCGACGGCCUCGCUCUCGACCAAACUAACGACAGCAUCGAUCUGCGCGACUUCCACGACCUCAGCCUCGCCGAUCUGCCCGACCAUCCCACUCCACCCCAGCCGGACACAUAA